AUGGGGCCAUCAAUUGAAACCCAGGCAGGACUUUCUCUCCGAGGAGCCGAGAACGUCGUUCGGAAUGAGUAUUGGAGGGACAUCCGUAAACUCCUAGCGGUGCCUUACGACAAAAUCGAUAAUCCAAAUGGAAUAAUCAAUUUGGGUCUCGCUGAAAAUUAUCUCAUGCACACGGAAAUAUCCGAUCGACUGAAGACUGGGUUCAACGUUGAUCUUUCCGCACAUCUGACCUACGGCCAAGGACCAGUGGGCUCACCACGACUGCUUAAAGCAUUGGCUAACUUCUUUAACACCAAUUUCGACCCAAUUAGGCCUGUUUCACAGAAUGAAAUCCUAGUGACUUCGGGAGUCGCAGCUUUGAUUGAUACCUUGACAUGGUGUAUCUGCGAUGAUAAUGAAGGAAUUCUGAUCCCGCAGCCACUUUAUGUUGGAUUUGAGAUUGAUAUUCAGAUGCGCAGCCGCGGACAAAUGAUUCCUGUUUCCUUUCUAGAACCAGAUCGAGAGUAUUCGGUCGACCACACAUUUGAGCCAGAAGCAAACCGCAGAGCCUUCGAGCGUGCUUAUAAAGAAGGCACAGAGAAAGGCAUCAAGGUUCGUGCGGUGAUACUUUUGAACCCUCACAAUCCGUUAGGGAGAUGCUACUCACCUGAAACUAUCAAAGAAGUUGCUCGCUUCUGCGACAAAUAUGACCUCCAUCUCAUAUGUGAUGAAAUCUACGCAAACUCGGUCUUCGUCAACCCUGAUGAGCUGCACGCCCAGCAGUUUACAUCCGCUUUAAGUAUGAAUCUUGAUGGAAUCAUCAGUCAAUCUCGCAUUCACAUUAUGUAUGGCAUGAGCAAAGACUUUUGUGCGAAUGGUCUUCGCCUCGGUGUGCUUCAGACAAGAAAUAAGGAUUUGCUGGAAGCAGUUGCGAGCAUUAACAACGCUGCAUUUUACCUCUGGAUCCGCCUUUUCCCGGCUCGCAUUGUUGAAGCUGAUGCUUUGACCCCGUCUCCCAACGUGUCGAAUAUCAAAAGGUUGCUUGUGGACACCUGCAAACGAAAUGGUUUGUCAAUCAAAGACGGUGCACACUAUUUUGCAGAAGAGCCAGAAAAUGGAUGGUUCAGAGUCACUUUUACCGUUUCAAAUGCAGUUUUGGAGGUGGCCAUGGAGAGACUGGUGAAGAGUUUAGACGAUCUGGAGUGGUUGGAACUGUUUUGA